UAGGGAUCAAGACAGCAAAAUCAACAUCACGUCAACUCCCUCUACGUCUUUCCUUGAAUCAUCGAGUCGCUGCUAUUCCAUCGCUGCGAAUCUACCCUCUCUCCGCAUAUCAUCUCACAUCGAUAUCGAUCUGGUGGAGGCAGCAGCAAGGACUUGACAAGAUCUUCACAAGCCAUCAUAGAAGAUGGAUCACACUCGCGACCCGUGUCCUUGGGUAGCAUUGAACGAUUUCGGAGGAGCUUUUUGUAUGGGAGCAAUUGGAGGAGCAGUAUGGCACGGUGUUAAGGGCUUUCGAAAUUCACCAUAUGGAGAGAGACGGAUCGGUGCCCUCACAGCUAUCAAGGCGCGAGCACCUGUGUUAGGGGGCAACUUCGGAGUUUGGGGAGGACUUUUUUCAACUUUCGAUUGUGCUGUGAAGGGUGUCAGGAAGAAGGAGGAUCCAUACAAUGCUAUUAUUGCAGGAUUCUUCACUGGUGGAGCGUUGGCAAUUAGAGGAGGAUAUAAGGCGGCAAGAAAUUCGGCAAUAGGAUGUGCAUGUCUCUUGGCCGUUAUUGAAGGUGUAGGAAUUGGGUUCCAGAGAAUGAUGGCAGAGAACACACGAUUAGAAGUACCACAACCUCCACCUGCAGAACCUGGCACUGCCAUGGCUAUUGCUCACUAAGCUCCCUUCGAUAACGAAACUCGCGUCAUCCGUUCCAAAUGACUGCAAUAAUCAGAACUCUACUCUUCGGUCCUUAGCUAGGAACCCUGUAUUCUUGUUGGACUACUCUUUUCAUGCUACUGCAUAGCUCGGCGGUGUAUAUCUAGAAGGGCUCGGCGUCGGCCGAGGUGGUGAAUCGAAUAAUUGACGACAAAACUUUCUCCACGAUCAUGUUUCCAGAGAUCUUUCGGUGGGGUGUGUCAGUCAAGAUAUUUCAAGGCCAAGAGUAAUGGUCUUAUACAAGCUCUAUUUCCUGAUUGAGAUCAUCUUCGGUCUCACACGCUAUUUGUAACAAGACAACGUCCCCAGUGUGAGGCGCUAUUUUGUUUCGCU